AUGAAUCAACUUAAAGACCCUAAAUCGGAUCUUUCUAUAACAAUAAAUACUGCAACAGAAAUCUAUACUCUCAAAAAACCAUUUCUUAUUAAAUAUUGCGAAAAUAAAAAAUUAAAACCAACAGGUACAACUAGUGAAUUAAGAGCUAGACUUAGUAGAUACUUAAAAGGUACCAUAACAUUAGACGACAUAGAUAACACAUUAAGCAAAGAAGAAUGCGAUUUAAUUUUAAUCAAAGCAAAAACUAAUAAAAUCGAUUUUAAAAAAUUAGAAAAAGAAGCAGGAAUAUUCGAUUCGAGCGAUUCGAGCACAAACACAAAUACAAAUAAUAAAUUAACUUCAGACAGCUUUUCAGAAAUAUCAAAAGAUAAUUUAAAAUUAUACGAUAAUCUUAAUGCCAGUACAAGCUCAUUUGUGAAUAACACCAAAAAUAUUCUAGAAAAUUCAGAUAUAACUUACCAAAAUUGUCAAAAAGAAAGUUCUGAUACUUAUGAAAAUAUAUUAAAAAAUCUUAAGAUUAAUGAUACUUCUAAUAAUAUUUAUGAGGAAUUAAAAUUAAAUACUUAA